UACCUCCAAUCGCAGCUUCUACUGCUACCACCCCCGGCCUGUCCUGUGAACCAGACAAUACAACCCGCAUCUCUCGUCCACUUGGGGGAUUUCCCCAGCUUUACACUACCUACCUAUUACUACCUGACAAACCAGUUACCUCUCUCCGCUUGUGUGUGUACCUUGGACGCACCCUUACAACCAAACAUCACAUUCAAAGCAACAAACAAACAAUCCCAGCCAGCUUCAAAAAAGGGCAGAUAGACCUUUACUUCGACAGAUCUGUCAUCUGUUACUACGUGUCUGUCGUACCACACCCCGCCAACCGAUUUCAUUUCUAUUUCUACAGUCAUGCUCGCUCGACGACUACCCCUCUCCUCGCCUCAAGCCUCCUCUCUCUUCCGCGCCUUCACCACCUCCGCCCUAUGUCGAGAACCUGCUCGCUCCCCGGGUCUAGGCGACAUAACACCCGAUGGCACCGAUGCUUUCAACACCCGGCAGAAGGAAUUCCGAGAUGGCCUUGAGGCGGCCAAGAAGAGAAAGGAACAAGCUGAAAGUCAGUCUCCUGUUACCGUCUCCCCCAGUGCAUCUGAUAGUGCUUCCGGCGUCUUUGAUUCCCUGGGAUUGGGCUCACUUUCUACCGCCCCUCAUGCAGAAGAAGCGCGGCAAGCCGAGACAGACACCUCGACCAGACGAUCCGGUAAACUCUCGAGUCUGAUCUACGGCACCCCUGAAGGCCAGCAGCUGGACAAGGAGAUGGAGCGGUCCUUCUCCCAGGUCCUCGCCCGCGGCAAAUACGUCCAUUCGAUCGUCUUCCACGAAGUCAAGCCUGACAAGGUCGACGAGUAUGUCGAGCUUGUAGGUAGUUGGUACCCCAGGAUGGCAAACACCCCCGAGAACAAAGUUCACCUGGUAGGAAGCUGGAGAACCGAGGUCGGCGAUUGUGAUACAUUUGUGCACAUCUGGGAGUAUCAACGCUACACCGGCUACCAUGCAUCACUACAUAGCAUCUCCUCCCAUCCUGAAUUUCCCGCCUUCGACAAGAAGCUGAAGAGUUUGAUCCAUUCAAAGAAGGUCUCGCUGAUGCAGGAGUUUUCAUUCUGGCCAACAACUCCUCCACGGAAGCUGGGUGGGUUGUUUGAGUUACGAUCCUACACACUACACCCUGGCAAUCUACUGGAAUGGGAAACGCACUGGCGAAAUGGACUGAAGGCGAGAAGAGAAGUGAUGGAAGGUGUAGGAGCCUGGUUCGUUCAGAUCGGAGACCUAAACACUGUCCACCACUUGUGGCAGUUUGCAGAUCUCGAGGAGCGCAAGUUGCGUCGAGAGCAAUCCUGGGGCGUGGAGGGAUGGGCGGACACGGUACACAAAACUGUGCCGUUGAUUCAGACCAUGAGGAGCAAGAUCCUCAUCCCCAUGCCUUGGAGUCCCGUGGGCUGAGAAUCAGACGCGCUUGGAAAGUGUGGCCAUAUGCCUUGGUGUAUAGGCUCCUUUUUGAUACUUGGAGCAUGGAGAGUGUGAUGGUCCACGAGAAAAGCGAUGCUUCGGUCCACACCGAGGUCGACAUCACGCAGGAUAGCUGCACAUGACAGCAUCAAAAGUCAGGCCUGCUGGGAAAUAAGAUAGCCAUGUACGGAUACCAGCGACUGAUGUGGCUACCAGUUGGCCAUCUCUAAGCUAGACGCUUUGUAGGUAGGCAGGUAGGCCUCUGACAAUGGUGACAAAGUCGGCCCUUGGAAGACAAUUCCCGAUCCUGAUUUACCGGUGCAUUGGAUUGAUCACGUCUCCACUUGACUCAGAGCCAAGGUGAUGGCCUUGAACUUCCUAUGACGACAUUCAUAACAUGGUCUACAGUAUGUGCAACGGGCAAAUUGGGAUCGUCUUACGAGUACGGAGUGGAAAAAAGCCUUCUUCGAGAAAAGCAAAUGAUAAGGGGAUCCAAG